AGUACGUGUUAAUAUUACCAAUUUUUAACUUCAUCGUUUAUAUAUUCUUCUCAAUCAUUCAAAUAAUACAAUUUUAUACAUCACGAUGGAUAGUGCAAUUUUAUAUAUUACAAUAAUAAAUAAAGUCAAAGAAAAAUUAUAAUUGUGCUUUAAUAUAAAUUUAUAUAGUUCAUAACUGUUAUGAGAGACAAUUAGUUCAUAAUAGUAUAACUGUGUGUGAUCAAUGAAUGAGUGAUAAACCUACAUAACACAAUAUAUUAAUUUUAUUAUUUAGUGCUACUUAUUAUUUAGCAAAAUGACUUCGAUGUUUGAUCAGUAUGAACAAGCAUCUCAAAGAUCUAAACAAGUAGUUCCUCCACCUAUUCGAACAGAUAUUAGCACAGCUGGCUUUAUCCAAAUGAAGUUACAAGAUGACGGUCCAAUAUUCACAAAACAGAAAAUCAUCUUUUCGCCCUCUGAUAAAAUUAUUCACCUAGUAGUCAGUAGUAAUUUAAUUAUAAUAGCUAUGGCUAAUAAUGUUCUUCUUCGUAUCGAUAUGAAACAACCUGAUAAAGUAGAGGAAAUUGACAUUUCAAAAUAUGCAGUAGGCAUGAAGAUGUCAAAUCUAUUUUUGGAUCCUUUAGGUUAUCAUUUGUUAAUAACAUUGACUCCAAAAAAUGGAGAUAAUCCUCCACCGGAAUUAUUAUAUUUACAUAGAAAAACAACCAAAUUAAAACAAGCUGGGAAGUUUAAAGGUCAUGAAAUUACCGCGGUAGGAUGGAACUUUUCAAAUAUUUCGGAAACCGUAACAGGACCUAUUCUUGUGGGUACUUCAAAAGGUUUAAUUUUUGAAACAGAAAUUAGCGAUGGAGAUAAAAUAUUUAACACAAGCUUGGAGCAGUAUUGGCGGCAGCUUCCUAACUAUUUACCUCUUUAUGGUGCUAAGGAGGUAGAAGGAUUGGUAUUUGAUAUAGGAAAGAAUAGUAAACCUCCAAUUACUGGCUUAGAAUUCCAUAAGAUACCUAACUCUGAUAAAUAUAUGAUUAUUGUAACUACUAUUAUGCGUAUUUAUCAAUACAUUGGAUCAGUACAAAAUCCUGAUGAAAAGCCCUUAUUACAGCAAGUAUUUAAUAAAUAUUUAAAUGUACAAGAAAGUUUUGUGGAAGUAAUAAGUUCUUUAACUUACUCGAAAUUACAAUUUUAUUAUCCAUCACUUGGUGUAUUACCAAAAUCAUUUGGUUGGUUGACUGAGACAGGUAUAUUGUAUGCACAUAUAGACCCAAACUUAUCUGAUCCAAAAAAUGCAUUGAUAAAGCAACAGAUGAUAAUAUGUCCAGAAGCCAGUCUAAUGGGAAACAGCAAAUCUCAUACUAAUACUGCACCACUUUCCUUCGUGUUAACGGAAUUUCAUGCUUUAUUACUUUAUCCGGAUCGUGUGAAAGGCAUAUCACUAUUAAAUCAAGACCUUAUUUUUGAAGAUAUAUAUAACGAUACAGUUGAAAAGUUACUCAAUAUUGUGAAAGAUCCGAUAAACCGCAGUAUCUGGGCUUACAGUGAAAGAGCAGUCUUCAAAUACAAAGUGACGAAGGAAGACAGAAAUGUUUGGCAGGUUUAUUUAGACAAAGGAGAAUUCGAGCUUGCUAAACAAUAUUGCAAAGAUAAUCCUGCAUACAUUGAUCAAGUACUUGUCAAACAAGCUGAAAUGCUAUUUAAAAAUGAACAAUACGAGGAAAGUGCUUUAACAUAUGCAGAUACUCAUUCAUCUUUUGAAGAAAUUUCAUUGAAAUUUCUUCAGGAAUGGCAGAUAGAAGCUUUGAAAAUAUUUUUGAAAAAGAAACUCGGUGGUUUGAAACCUCAAGAUAAGACUCAAAUAACUAUGAUUGUUGUAUGGGUAAUAGAAUUAUUUAUGAGUCAAAUGGGAGAAGUAAGAAGCAAUGAUAGCUCAUAUACUCAUAAUCCACAGUAUAUAGCAUUGCAAAAACAAUUUGAUAGUUUUUUAGCUAUGCAAAAAGUUGAAGAUUGUAUAAAGAGAAAUCGUAAAACAAUUUAUGAGUUAAUGUCAAGUCAUGGGGAUAAAGAAAAUCUUAUGCGUUUAACGAUAAUGCAUAGUAAUCACGAAGAAGUAAUAAGACAACAUUUAUAUAAAAAUAAUUAUUUAGAAGCCCUUGAAGUAUUAAAAAGUCAAACGAACAAAGAUUUAUUUUAUCAAUUCUCUGGCACUUUGCUUCAAGAAUUGCCACGUCCUACUGUGACUGCUCUAAUUUCGCAAGGAUCUUUAUUGAAGCCAUCAAAAUUGCUUCCAGCUUUAGUAUCUUGUAACAGUGAUGAAAAACACGCUAAAGAAAUUAUCAGAUAUUUAGAAUUUUGCAUAUACAAACAAAGUUGCCAGGAACAAGCGAUUCAUAAUUUUUUACUUUCACUAUAUGCUCGUUAUAAAAAAGAAGAAGUUAUGCAUUAUAUCAGCUCACAAGGUCAAUAUAUAAGUAUGGUACAUUAUGAUGUACAUUAUGCCUUAAGAUUGUGUCAGGAGGUUGGUUUAACAGAAGCAUGUGUACAAUUAUCAGCCUUGCUUGGUUUGUGGACAACAGCAGUAGAUUUGGCAUUAACAAUUAAAGUUGAUCUCGCUAAACAAAUUGCGGCUAUGCCCUCUGAACGUGAUGAUACUUUACGUAAAAAAUUAUGGUUAAAAAUAGCUGAACACGUAGUGCGUGAGAAGAAUGAUAUACAACAAGUAAUGGAAUUUUUACAACAAUGUGAUUUAGUUAGGAUAGAAGAUAUUUUACCAUUCUUUUCAGAUUUUGUUACAAUAGAUCAUUUUAAAGAUGCCAUUUGUAAAUCCCUACAGGAUUAUAAUCGGCAUAUUCAAGAUCUGAAAGAAGAAAUGGAAGAGGCAACAAAAGCAGCUGAAGUUAUUAGAAAGGAUAUACAAGCUUUUAGAACCAGGUGCACUUUUGUAGAUGCAAGAGAUACAUGCAAUUCUUGUGAUAUUCAACUUUUAUUAAGGCCUUUCUAUGUAUUUCCUUGUGGACAUAGAUUUCACAGCGAUUGUCUUGUUGCUGCAUUAACACCUAUGUUAUCAAUGGAUCAACGAACAAAACUUGCUGAUCUUCAACGUCAACUUACAGCUAUUUCAAAUAGAUCCGAAGAUACAACAUCAAUUGGAUUGGUAUCUCUAUCGAUUAAAGAUCAAAUUAAAGCUGAUAUAGACGAAUUGGUAGCUUCAGAAUGUUUAUACUGCGGAGAACUUAUGAUAGAAUCAAUUGAUAAGCCAUUUAUAGAAGAAGAAGAUUAUGAAAGAGUAAUGAGAGAAUGGGCAUAAAUGCAAUAGAGGUAAUAAUAUGUCUAGUAAAAUAUAUAAAGGUGAUACGCGCCUUAUUUAAAUAUUAUUAUCUUCGUAAUUUGUACAUUGAAAUAGGUAAAUAUUUUUAAAGCAUUUUAUUUAUAAAAAAGAUAUAUUUAUAAGAGAAAAGUAAUGAAAUAGUACAUGUUUUUAAACCA